AUGCCGAAAAAGAGUCCCAAAAACAGAGAAAUUCUGUUAUCGUUUCUAGAGAGAGGGAGAGAGAAAAGAACCAAAAAGACCAUCAUGCACCCGACCGAACAGACACACCGGAGCUCCGGUCAAGAAUCCACAACAUCCAGAUCAUCAUCAACACCCAAUUGGAUCACCGAAUCAAUCAACGGUGGAUCACUACGCCACGUGGACUUACACACUGGUGUUAACGGCUGGGCCUCACCACCAGGUGAUCUUUUCUCUCUCCGUUCAAAAAAUUACUUCACCAAAAAACAAAAAUCUCCCUCCGGCGACUACCUACUCUCACCCGCCGGUAUGGACUGGCUCAAAUCGAGUACAAAGCUUGAUAACGUACUCGCUCGUCCAGAUAACCGAGUGGCGAACGCCUUAAAGAAAUCCCAAUCCCAAAAUAAGUCCCUUAAGUCCUUCAUUUUUGCUAUUAACCUUCAAGUCCCCGGAAAAGACCAAUACAGCGCCGUUUUCUACUUUGCAACAGAAGAUCCUCUGCCGUCGGAUUCUCUCCUCUAUAGAUUCAUCAACGGCGACGAUGCAUUUCGGAAUCAAAGGUUCAAGAUCGUGAACCGGAUUGCGAAAGGGCCAUGGGCGGUAAAAAAAGCGGUAGGAAGUUACAGCGCGUGUUUAUUAGGUAAAGCUUUAGAUAUUAAUUACCAUAGAGGUAAAAAUUACUUCGAGAUUGAUGUUGAUAUAGGUAGCUCAAAAAUUGCUGCGGCGAUUUCGCAUCUCGCAUUGGGGUACACGACGAGUGUUACUAUCGAUAUGGGGUUCGUCGUGGAGGCGCAAACGGAGGUGGAGUUGCCGGAGAGGUUGAUUGGGGCGAUUAGGGUUUGUCAGAUGGAAAUGUCGUCGGCCCGUUGCGUUGACGCGCCAUCGUCCGGUUUGGCGCGUGGGUCGGGCUUUGCGAAGGUGGAGCCUGGUGAUGAGGAGGAGGAUUGA